CACGCCAGCCUACCUCGCUCCUCGGCACCAUGACCACCACCACCACCUUCAAGGGAGUCGACCCCAACAGCAGGAAUAGCUCCCGGGUUUUGCGGCCUCCAGGUGGUGGAUCCAAUUUUUCAUUAGGCUUUGAUGAACCAACAGAACAACCCGUGAGGAGGAACAAAAUGGCCUCUAGCAUCUUUGGGACACCUGAGGAAAAUCCCCCUUCAUGGGCCAAGUCAGCAGGUGCCAAGUCUAGUGGUGGCAGAGAGGAUUCUGAGUCAUCUGGACCCCAGAGAAGGAACUCUUCUGAAGCAAACUCUGGAGACUUCUUAGAUCUGAAGAGAGAAGGCGACAUUCAUGAAAACGUGGACACAGAUUUGCAGGCCAGCCUGGGGCAGAGCGAGGAGAAGCCCGUGCCCGCUGCCCCCGUGCCCAGCCCGGUGGCCCCGGCCCCAGCGCCGUCCCGAAGAAAUCCCCCUGGCGGCAAGUCCAGCCUCGUCCUGGGUUAGCUCCGACUCUCUUGAACUCUGUCGUUUUAUUUGUUUGUUUUCUCCAUGCUUGUGAACUGCACAACUUGAGCCUGACUGUACAUCUUUUGGAUUUGUUUCAUUAAAAAAGAAGCACUUUA